UAAGGCGGUUAUAUUUAGCACACACACACAGGUAGCUGGCACUUAGCGAGGUAAAAUGACGGCCAUAAGGAGAGGGACAGUUGACGGUGCGGGCACAUAAAUGUUUGACAGACGGGUGAGAAGUCAUCAAGAUACAUAUCCCUCCAUUGGGACUGAGAUCAGUGGGACAGUCAGCGACCUGGGAGUACCGCGAGGUAGCUACAAGUUGGACUGACGACAUUGUCAGCGGUUCAUUGAUCAGCGACAAGCCGGACAUACCUGAGCGAGAUGUUGUGAGAGUGAGAGUGAGAUUGUGUCACUUAUCAAGUAUACGGACGAUCAGACCCACUCAUGAUGAGUAUAUUCGGUUGGAGGAAGAGUUUGGCGAUCAGCGAGUCGGACCCGACUUACAAGGUACGGUAUCUGGGGAACGUUCAAACGGCCAUGAUGAAAGGCGACGGUUGUGUGGACAAGCCCGUGUCAAUAAUAUGGAACAACUACAUGCGGAGUUCCCACCCUGGCCUCGAGAUGAAGCUCGUCGUCACAGGCUCCGGACUCAAGGCGUACACGAAGGAGCAAGGACUCACGGAGUACCGAGCACACAGGAUCUCGUACUGCAUCGCUCAUCCUCAGUACCCGAGGGUGUUCGUCUGGGUGUACAGACACGAGGGGAAGAAGAUGAAAAUGGAGCUGCGUUGUCAUGCUGUGCUGUGUAAAACUGAACUGAAGGCUAAGUCCAUGGCACUCCAGCUUCACGAAAAACUCUCCUUCGCCCUUAAAGAGUUUCAGAGAGACAAAGUUCGGAAACAGAACUCCCGACUUGUGUUGCAAAGAACCAAUUCCCUGCCCAAAGCGGGAUCUGUUCUCCCUUUGAGGAAACAGAUGUUAAGCACAGCUACAAACUUCAAACCCCCCGUGAGUAAGUCAAACACCGCUCCCAAACUUGGCGCUAUAACGGAGGACUUCGAGGAGUGUGAACACGAGGAGUUUUGUGUGUGUGAGGACUUGGGGGAGUGCGACGAGAACGACAACCUGGAGAGUGCCAGUGAGAUGGUGGCGGCGUUGACGCUCCACUCCGACACAGCCUCCCUCCAUACACUCAACCCCGAGUGCCUUACAGACCGCAUCAUUGACGUCGAGAUCGGCAACGACAUCGACGAACUUCGUCAGAAUGAGGAAAUUAAAUUAUGUCACGGAAACACGGACUCCGAUGAAGAAAGUGCGGAGUCUGGGUUUCACGACCAGGAUCAGGACCCGAGGGAGGGGUUGGGACUUGUGGAGGAGGGGGAGGGAAGCGUCUGUGAGCUACCCUGUGGGGACACGCCAGAAGACGAUGGGGAUAGCACCAACUUAUAAUGGAUACAGAGAUCGCAAUCCUACCUUAUACAGUGUCCUUGACGUUGUGCCUGACCUUGACAUUGACCUCGACGUUGUGCCUGACCUUGACCUUGACCUAGACGUUGCGCCUGACCUUCACUUCUGUGGGAUAAUGGUUUCCUGUCCUCAGCGACAAAUGUUGCCACAAGUUACAGGAACCAUGUGUUGACCAUGAGAACAUGGAGAUUACUGUUCCGUGAAAGGUGUGUGGCUGCUGUCGAAACGGGGGUAAACGCACAAAUAGUAUACGUUGUACACAGGAGACCACAGGAGACCACAGGAGACUAUAGGAGACUAUAGGACCGGGGCGAAUGUCGUCCACAGCAGUGCUUGUGAAAUGCUCUAACAACUUACAUGAGUGCUUACCUGGGACACGUGAUUGACAGUUGAAAUGUACACGUUGCACAAGGCGAAGACGUGAUUGACAGUUGAAAUGUACACGUGGGACAAGGCAGAAGAUGUGAUUGACAGUUGAAAUCACGCACGUGCGAAUCUGUGUGCCUCUAUUGUGUGUAGAUUGUUAAGACUUCAGAAUUGUACAUAUGUCAUGUCUGGACCAACUGGCCCUGGUGAUUCAUCUGUGAGCAUUUGAUUGUUGACUUGCCAAAAUAUUUUCAUUUGUGGAUUUUCAACUGAUUUUCAUCAGAGAUAGUUUUGAUACUCUGCAUCUGUAUAUAAUAUGAAUGUAAUGUUUAUUUGUUCAUUGUUCAUAUGUAUAUUUAUUUUGUGUAAAAUAUUCAAACAUCGUUAUUAUCUAAAAGGCAAUAUGUUGGUUUGUCUUUCGCAGUGUUGUAUACCGUUGUUCAUCUUAUUUGAAAUCUCGAAUUUAUAUGUACCAUAUUUUAGAUUGUUUAUAGGUUUUAAUCCUUAAGGAAAAAUAAAUUUAAGGUAGAUGCACGGAUACGUCAUAAAUCACGCUCAGUCUGGGGAGUGGUAUAUUUAAUCUUUAAAUAGUUGAAGCCGUUUGGAAGCCUUUCAUAAACUGAAUAUUUGACACAUAUACAUUAAGUAACUUAUAAGUAGUUAUCUAUUUCAUCAAGGUCAUCAUGAUGAAUGUGACAUUUCUGUCUACGCAAAUGGAUUAAUGGCUGUGCUCAAUUGCUUAACACUGAUUAACACUUAACUUUCAAAUCAAAAGGUUUUCGAACAUAACGCUGUGAUUUUGAGUCGUUAAUACUUUUGUUUAUUAUUUGUUUACUCUCACUGUAUAACGAAAGCAGAUUUAGCUAUGAGAACUAUGUACUAUGCAUGUAGCGGGUAGACAAGUUUAAACAUGGCGCUUGUUUCAUGAUCAAUGUGUUCUCUAUUUUCUUGAUCCAUCACAAGGUGUGAUCGCAAUGUCCAUUUGCUUGCAAAACUAACAUGUGAUGCCAUUUGUUGAUGUUCGCCCUCAAGGGUUGUGAUCAAUUAAUAUAUUCUGUAUUUGUAACGUGUGUACAUAUUCUGGCCCUGUGCAAUAUAACUGAACUUGUACACAGCCAGUUAACGAGUCUGUACAUAUUGGUGGACAGCUCUCUGUGGGGUGGGAGAGGAAGUAUAUUUUUAUAGCUGUCAAAGAGCAGAACUCGGAUGAUAAGUACAGUGUCAUUGAUACAAAGAUGCUUAUAUGUUCAUGUAAUACAGUUCAAGAUCUUAGCUCCGUGGCCAUACGGUUAUGUGAUGGUAAAGGUUAUUGCUUCACUGUGAGUUGAAUGAUCGGUUUCAUUAAGAGGGUAUAGAUAAGGGGGGUGUGUGUAAGGUCGGGUACAUCAAGAGGGUUUUGAUAGUCACGUAUUUAUUUGUAUUCACAUAAUAAUAAUUUCUUUCCUAAAAGCAAGUUUAGAUUUCAUUUUCAAUAUUCUGAGAUACAGGUCAUCAAUAAGGUCCGUCCAUGACAGUUUUACAAGGAUUAUGUGUUAAGGUUUUCCACCAAAAGCCUCAGGGGCAGUAACUCUUGCGUCAACCGUGGAACUCCGUUCAUCGCGACGGUUCACUCCAAGGACUGAACACUUUCAUACUGUUCACUUGUUGACAUGUCCAUGAUUGUAGGUUUACGGAGCAAUGGAAUAGGUCAUGAUUUGUAGGUCACAGAGCUAUGGAAAAGGUCAUGAUUUGUAGGUCACGGAGCAAUGGGGGAGGUCAUGAUUUGUAGGUCACGGAGCUAUGGGAUAGGUCAUGAUUUGUAGGUCACGGAGCAAUGGGGGAGGUCAUGAUUUGUAGGUCACGGAGCUAUGGGAUGGGUCGUGUUUAAAUUUGUAGGUCACAGAGCCAUGGGGUAGGUCAUGAUUUGUAGGUCACGGAGCAAUGGGGGAGGUCAUGAUUUGUAGGUCACGGAGCCAUGGGGUAGGUCAUGAUUUGUAGGUCACGGGACAAUGGGAUAGGUCAGGAUUUGUAGGUCACGGAACAAUUGGAUAGGUCUGAUUUGUAGCUCACGGAGCCAUGGGAUGGGUCGUGAUUUGUAGGUCACGGAGCCAUGGGGUAGGUCAUUAUUUGUAGGUCACGGAACAAUUGGAUAGGUCUGAUUUGUAGGUCACGGAGCCAUGGGAUGGGUCGUGUUUAUAGGUCACGGAGCCAUGGGAUGGGUCGUGAUUUGUAGGUCACGGAGCCAUGGGGUAGGUCAUGAUUUAAAGGUCACGGAGCCAUGGGAAAGGUCAUAAUCAAAAGGUCACGGAGCCAUGGGGAUAGGUCAUGAUUUGUGAAUUUGAUGUUCUGGAACCACUGGCUAACCUCUCGUCGGUUGUCAACGUGUUUGUGUAAUAUGCAGGUGCUGUAUCUCCCCAUUUAUCCCAGUCACUACAGAAAUAAGAGCCAGAAACACCCCUUUGCCUUAUCAAAGUAUGGCAAGCCUGGGCUGAUUUCACUUGUUUGACUCACACAGGUGCUGUAUCUCCCCAUUUAUCCCAGUCACUACAGAAAUAAGAGCCAGAAACACCCCUUUGCCUUAUCAAAGUAUGGCAAGCCUGGGCUGAUUUCACUUGUUUGACUCACACAGGUGCUGUAUCACCCCAUUUAUCCCAGUCACUACAGAAAUAAGAGCCAGAAACACCCCUUUGCCUUAUCAAAGUAUGGCAAGCCAGGGGUGAUGUCACUUGUUUGACUCACACAGGUGCUGUAUCACCCCAUUUAUCCCAGUCACUACAGAAAUAAGAGCCAGAAACACCCCUUUGCCUUAUCAAAGUAUGGCAAGCCUGGGCUGAUUUCACUUGUUUGACUCACACAGGUGCUGUAUCACCCCAUUUAUCCCAGUCACUACAGAAAUAAGAGCCAGAAACACCCCUUUGCCUUAUCAAAGUAUGGCAAGCCUGGGCUGAUUUCACUUGUUUGACUCACACAGGUGCUGUAUCACCCCAUUUAUCCCAGUCACUACAGAAAUAAGA